AUUAUAUCGAACUUUUAAAGAUAGUAAAUAUGUAUAUAUGCUUAUAGAAGUAUGCCUUGGUGGUGAACUGUGGACUAUACUUAGAGAUAGGGGUUCUUUUGAUGACAACACAACAAGAUUUGCUACAGCAUGUGUGGUGGAAGCCUUUAGUUACUUACACAAUAAAGGUAUUGUGUAUAGAGAUUUGAAACCAGAGAAUCUUCUGCUUGAUAACAGGGGAUAUGUUAAACUGGUUGACUUUGGCUUUGCCAAGAAAAUUGGAUUUGGUCGUAAAACAUGGACUUUCUGUGGAACACCAGAAUAUGUUGCCCCAGAAAUCAUUCUCAAUAAAGGUCAUGACCUUUCUGCAGAUUAUUGGUCACUGGGUAUACUGAUGUUUGAACUUCUUACCGGAAAUCCUCCAUUCUCAGGUUCUGAUCCAAUGAAGACAUACAAUAUUAUACUGAAGGGUAUAGAUAUUGUUGAAUUCCCAAAGAAAAUUAGUCGUAAUGCUACAAAUCUUAUCAAGAAGCUUUGUCGAGAUAAUCCAUCUGAGCGGCUCGGUUAUCAAAAGAAUGGAAUCCUGGACAUCAAGAAACACAAAUGGUUCCAAGGAUUUGAUUGGGAUGGACUACAAAAACAGACUAUCAUACCACCUAUACAACCAAAGGUUAAAGGACCCAGUGAUUUCAGUAAUUUUGAUAACUACUCCAAAGACACAGAUAUUCCACCGAAUGAGCUUUCAGGAUGGGAUAUUGAUUUCUAA